AUGCAAAUAGAAAUAAAUAAGGCACAGGGAAUAGCUAUCAUAGUAAUACUUAUCAUUGUAUUUAUUCUUAUCUACAUAUGGAAAAAAUCUGCUCGUAUAACAACAAUACAAGAUUUACCUAGAAGAUGUAGUGGAAUAAAAUUGUCAGGUAUAGUGACUUAUAUUUCUGAUGGUGAUGGGUUUCAUUUUUUUCACACACCAUUUUUCAGAUCUGCACAGUACAAAUCGUCAGAUCCGAAAUUAAAAAUACGCCUUGGAUGUAUUGAUGCCCCGGAAAUACGAUAUUUUAAUGUAGCUGCACAACCAUUGUCUAAAGAAAGCAAAGACUAUUUGUCUACUCUUAUAUUACACAAAAAAGUAAAACUGGAAAUACUGGGUGUAGAUAGAUAUGACAGAAUUUUAGCUAUUGUAUAUUUAAAGAGACUGUGUUUCAAUACUAAUGUUAAUAUUGAAAUGUUAAAAUCAGGACUGGCUUGUGUUUACAGCGGGAAAGAUGAAAUUUUUGGAAAUUAUAAAGACCUUUUUAUUGAAGUAGAAAAUACAGCCAAGAAGAAUAAGAAAGGUAUAUGGGGAUUAAAUAAUAUGAUUUUACCAAUGGAUUACAAGAAGAUGAGAAGAAAAGAAACAGAAAUAUAA